ACUAGAAGUAAACAUCAGAACAUGCGAUAAUUACAAUCCAAUCAAUGAAUCAAUCCAAAAAUCAUGGAAUCAAGAACACUUUUCUUUGACAUUUUCCAAACCAUCCCAGCCAGCUAUAAAAAAGAGAUCAAGGCCUUCAGAAUCACAAAUCACAGUUCCUAGGCAUGACAAAAGAAAACUAGAGAAAGGUCAAAAGCCAGCUUAUAUAUGGAUAAGGCAUUCUUUAAGAAAAAUUUUCCAGUGGCCAUUUAUGUACUUAACUAUUAGGAGACAGGCUCCAUUCAGGCAUCCUUACACUCCCAAAAUCCAUCUUAAAAAAGCAGAAUCUAAGAAGUUUAAAUAUGAAGAAAAAAGAACAACUUGGAAGAAAGAGUCAAAAAAAGUAACAGGCUCACAUGCAAUAAAUCCAGAGUCCAAGGAAAUACUAAAAGAUGAGAAAAAAAUAAAAAAGAGAAAAAAUAAAGCAGAUAAAGCUACAUCAAAAUUAUCACAUGAAAGUGAAGUAUCUAAGAAUUCAAAGUUCAAAUCAGAAACAAAUCCAGAAUCCAAAGAAUUUAAAGUAGUCUCAAAAAAGGAUUCAAAAAAACAUAACACUUCAAAGAAUUCCAAAGAGACAAACACUGAAUCUAUAUGUGCAAACAAUGAUCCAGGAAAGGAUUCUAAAAAGAGUUCAAAGACUUAUUCUGAUGCCAAAUCCAUGACUUAUUCAAAAAAUAAUUCAAAUGUGGACUUGAUGUAUUUUGAGCAGUCUGGUGCAAAAUGCACAGAUGAUGCUUGGUUAAAGAAUUACUCACAAAAUAAUUCAAAGAAGCCUGCAAAGAAGGACACAAAGAAGGAUACAAAAAAGGGCUCUGAUGCUGAAUCUGGAGACUCAAAGGAUGCAAAGAAAAAUUCAAAGAAGAAUAAGAAAAAUGCAAAGAAAGAGGAAAAGAAAAAAGAGGCAAAGAAGGACACAGAGUCCACUGAUGCUGAAUCUGGAAACUCAGAAGAUGCAAAUAAAGAUGUAAAGAAGUCUAAGAAAGCUUCAAAGAAAGAUGACAAAAAGAAAGAUACAAAGAAGGAUACAGUCUCCACUGAUACUGAAUUUGAAUUGGAGUCCAAAAAAAGUAAGAAGGAAGACAAAAAGGAAAAGAAAGAUUCAAAGAAAGAUGACAAAAAGAAGUCUGUAAAGGAAGAUACAGGUUCUACUGACGCUGAUUCUGAAUCUGAAGGAAACUCAAAACAGGGUAAAAAAGAUGUAAAGAAGAAGAAAGAUUCAAAGAAAGAUACCAAAAAUAAAAAUGCAAAGAAGAACAUAGAAUCUACUGAUUCUGAAUCUGACUUGGAAUUAAAGAAGGUUAAGAAAGAUUCAAAAAAGGAAAAGAAGGGUUCAAAGAAAGACGCCAAGAAGGAUGCAAAGAAAGACUCAGAGUCUACUGAUGCUGAAUCUGAUGAAUCUUCCAAGACAGGCUUUAAAAAGCCCAAAAUGGUCAAAACUUCAGAUACUGAAUCUGAAGAGUCACUAUAUAAAUCUGGGGCUAAAAAAAGAAUUGAUGAAUCAGAUUCAAAGAAGGAAGCAACAGAACUAAAGAGAGAAUUCAGAAUGUCAUCCAAAAAGACCACAUUCAAAGAAAAAGGGAAGAAAACAAGUACAGGUAGAGUUCCUCCUUCAAGAGAAAGACCACCACUCCCUCCUUGUGAGCCUAUUCUACCAUCACCUAAGGUCCCACGUUUCUGUCGAUGCAAAAUGCCUCCUCCACCACCAAAACCAAGAUAUGCUCCUUUGCCUGAAGCACAGUGGAUUCAUAAGCUGCUUUAAAGAACAACUGAGCGCUUGGUUUCACAGAAUGGCCUUACCACAGUAAGCAAUGGCUACUCACAAAUGAGCAUUUCUACUUCUGUGGAACUUAAAUAAAAAAAAAGUCUUCCAUGAG